AACACAAGAGCUAACAAGUUGGCUGGCAAACUAUCGUGGGACAUUCCAAAACCAAUUUAUCAAAUCAAACAAUUCAAAGGUGGUGCAAAAUGAACACGUCACAUAUAGUACUCAUGAUCUGUUUCAUAAUUGGCGUCGCUCAGACGGCGCUGGCGCUCAAAGAAGAUGACUGCGAAGUUUGCGUGAAGACUGUCAAACGUUUUGCCGACACACUGGACGACGCGACAAAGAAGGAUUACAAACUGAUUGAAACAGCAUUCAAGAAGUAUUGCAAGACACAGAAAAACAAGGAACACAGAUUUUGCUACUACUUGGGCGGUCUUGAGGAGUCUGCCACAGGAAUAUUAAAUGAACUGAGCAAGCCACUGAGCUGGUCAAUGCCAGCGGAGAAAGUCUGUGAGAAACUGAAGAAAAAGGAUGCACAAAUUUGCGAUUUGCGAUAUGAGAAACAAAUUGAUUUGAACAGUGUGGAUCUCAAGAAACUGAAAGUUCGCGAUCUGAAGAAGAUUCUCAACGACUGGGAUGAGAGCUGUGAAGGUUGUCUUGAAAAAUCCGAUUUUAUUAAGCGUAUCGAGGAGCUCAAGCCUAAGUAUUCGCGAAAUGAACUGUAAACACAUUUACUUAGCUUACAAGACACACAUGCCCACUCAAUACUUAGAUACACCCACAUACAUAUAUUUUAGUUAAUUUACAAUUUUGAUAGACUUUGAGAGAAAAUAUCUAUUUUGAAAUAAAAAAAAAGCAGCAAAUGUGGGAGAAGACUUAAUAAAACCCACAAUGACCUCA